AUGACGAGAAGAUCAAAACGGCUUUCUCGACAAAAUAAAGAUCGAGCAGGUUGCAUGUUUGGUAUAGGAAGCAUUUUUGAUUUCCGCCAUGGCCGGAUCACUAGACGAAUGCUUUCAGAUCAUACGCCACACUUGACCGAAAGUACCACGGGUCCUUCGUAUCCGACAUCCGAAGUGAACUCAAUUACGGAUUCGGAAGAGAUGCAUCUACGGAUUGAAUCUCAGAACAGCGAGAAAGGUGCAGCGGUGCGGACAAGAGUGAAGGAACUCAUGGAAGAAGAAAUGUACGGUGACGAAACUGGCGAUCUAGAAUGUCGUGGCCAUGUACAGAACCACGGGCAUACGGGAAAAACAACGAGUCGAUCUUUCGACAGUUAUGAAAUCUCGAACAAUCGUCAAGUUCCACCGCAGAAAACACCACAGUAUCAUGAUCUCAAAGAUCUAAUGAACGACCUCUUGUUGAUCCAUCAGAACAGAAACGAAGAACAAAAGCCGAAGUCAAUCGAACGAUCAAACUCGUUAGAGAAUGAACGAAACGAUCCAAAAUCAGACGAACAUGUCGUACAUAAACCCCGAAACUUCUUCAGAAGGAGGAGUAAAUCACACGAAUGUAUAUCGCUGAACGUUAACGAUAGCCCGCUACCUUCGAAUAGAACCAACGGAUUCCAUAGCGAAAGAAGCACUUCCCAGUUUUCGUUUACGGAGAUCAAGAGAAAGCUAAAAAACGCCAUCGUAAGAUCUCCACGAGAUUCAGGAUGCCAUGAAAAACCCGUUGUUGACGGAAGCAGUAGAUGGAGUUCUCCAAACAGAGACCAUUUCUUCUCCGAACGAUUUUCUAGAAUUUCCGACGAGUUUAAAACGCAAGACGGUGGUUCAAGAUUAUGCAAAUCUGAAACAAAGCCGAUGGAAAACGAUGAAUUUGGAGACACGAGCUAUCGGAUAUCUAAUAUCUACAUUGAGGCAAAGAAGCAUUUAUCUGAGAUUCUUAGCAAUGGAGAUGAAGAUACAGAAUUUAUGGAGGAAAGGCAUUCUAGAACUCUAGGAAAGCUUCUAUCUUUUCCGGAAUACAGCUCUCCUCGUGGGAAUUCCUCCAUGGUCAACGGAAGUCAACCGCUCGGGGUUGAAAACGAUCAUCAAGAACCGGAAGUUUUAGAUGAAGUUCUUCAGACAGAAGGUGUUCUAGAGAUCGUAAAACCAUCUUCACCGAUAGAAACCGAAGUUGUUGAUGUGGCGGAUUUAACGGAAGACGAUGAGUUAUUGUGUUCUCCAACGGCAUCCCCUUCGGGAUCUUCCCUUGCUGUCGAUCGAAAGACCGAAGAAGUCGAGAAUACCGCGGACGAUAAAACCGGCAAACCGAGUCCUGUGUCGGUUCUCGAGCCAAUGUUCUCAGACGAUGAUAUUAGCCCCGCUAGAACCAUUUCCCGAUCUGCGGAGGCUUCGAUCCAACCACUACGCAUCCUAUUCGAAGAAGCCGUCACCCCUACCAAGAAUCAAGAAACACACAUUCGAAAUCAUGUCGAGAACGAUGAAUCUGCAUUCGAAUACGUCGAAGCCGUCCUUCUAGCUUCCGACCUCAAUUGGGACGAUUUCGAAAAAAGAUGGCUUUCAUCCACUCAAAUACUUGAUUCAUCCUUAUAUAACGAACUACAAAUCUUUUCAAGCCGGCCCGCUCACAACCAACGGCUUCUCUUCGAUUCCACUAACGAAAUCCUCACCGAGGUUUGUGAUCGUUCCUUGGGUUUCUUUCCCGAUUUACCGUUCGUUAAACCGAACAUCCAUCCCCUCCCGAAGGGAAUCGACCUUAUAAACGAGGUGUGGGAAAGAAUUGAAUCACGAAUCGACGGCCCGUAUCCUCGAUCGCUAGAUCAACUAGUGAAAAGGGACUUGGAAGUAUCGAGAAUGUGGAUGGAUCUUCGAUCGGAAACUCGAGAAAUAGUUAUUGAAACCGAAGAAUCGAUCUUCGAAGAUUUGAUCGAUGAUACACUUUCGAGCUUAAUGCGUGAUUAA